CAUGUGACGGCGAUGGUGUAUGCAGGCCGGGUGGGAAUAUGGAACCAACUGCUGACAAUCUCUUAAAUGGGAUUCUUUAGAUAGAAGAACGCUAUAUAAGACCGUGCGGUUUGGUUUGGAAUAGUUUGCACAGCGAUUCAACAAUGAUCCGCUACACCAGUUUCGCCUUGCUGGUCUUGACUGUGUGUGUGUGUGGUGAGCACACAACCACACCGUUCCCACAGGCGUACUACCAGGGCAGGAUUGAUGGCUUCCACUCCCGGAUGGAGCAGAUCCUGCGCCAGAUGAUGAUGCAACAGAUGCACGUGGAGGAAAGAAUCCGAUCUGACGGGCAGUCUGGCAUCAAACAGAUCAGACAAUACCAUGACGGCACAAGACCCUAUUAUUCUGAGACGCACACAUUCAGGGGUGCUGCUGCCGCACACGACCAUUCCAACUAUGACAGCACCGUUGGACUGGGGGAAGUCAACAUGGUUAUGAAUGGCAUUGACUUCAGAACGAGGCACAACGAUUACAAACUGCGCAGGUCCGCCACGAAUUCUUCACUAUAUCAACUCAGUGAGGACGUACCGUUCCCUGAAGUACCACCGGAAGUGUUGUCUAAGAAAACAAUCACUGAACAGGUGGCGGAAAUGAGAGAAUGGUUCCGAGCAUGGAAGGACCAGGACCACAGCGUUCGGGACUACAGGAAGUACUUUAAACCGCUCCUGUGUUACAUGGAAGCAGCAUGGACGAUGGACACCACUCACUUCAUAGAGCCCUUCCACAGCGACCGACACGCCAUCGACGCUACCAGCUGGCACGACCUUCAGGACAAGAUCAGGUUCACAUCCUACUCCGGGAGCAAGAACGUCAUGGAGAACUUCGCCUUUCUCCCCACCAAAAUCAUGGAUGUUGUGAACGGCACUCCAGAGUUCGCCCAGUGGAACUACCGUAUUCUGUGUCAUCCACUGAAGAGAGACCUUCCCUUCAAGCACCUCCAUCUCCAAGAUGACCUUUCUGUAAGAUUUGCUCAUGGCCAGACCAUGGAUGAGCUCUAUCUAGAUCGAUCAGCACGAUUUUCUCUCUACGAUAAGGAUGGCCAGGAUACCUACUCUCUCAUGGACGAAUUGAUGAGCGAAGUUCCCGGCAAAGACAACUACUACGCCCAUCUGACGGAGGACGUGUUCGGCGAGCUACUGUACGAUGCCUCAAAGACAGACGAUACACCCCUUAACACAGCUUACUACCACCGGUGGUACAAGGUGGGGAAAAAUGGAUCUAAACAACAGGUGCUGCACCGUGGUUUCUCCGACCGGAACCUGUGGGUGGCACAGACCAGCCAGCCCAUGAUAGCCCCCAUGACGGUGAAGCAAUGUGCUGUGGACCCUGUCUCAAAAAACAAGACGUGCCAGUCGUGGACCCGGCGUUACUCGUACGCCCUACCCCUUGAGGUGAUCUAUAGUACCCCGAUGUUCACCUGGAACCCAUUCGGCAUAAACUUCUGGAAAAGGGGGACACAGGCUAAAGACCCCAAAAGGAUGGGAGGCUCAACGCCCGAGACAGCAUACAACGGUUCCAGCUAUGCCAACUUCUACCACACGCCUGCUGGGUUGUUCUCGGGCAAAGAAGUGUCCACGGAUCCUGCUGACACCACCAAGAGCAAUGUUGGAGUGCUGGACAAACACGGGAAUGUGCAGCGGGUGGCGGCUUCGGGCACUAGGAUCGUCCUUCCCAAUAUCCCGGGGGUAGGGAAAAUCAGGAUGCGGUACCCCAUCGUGCCAGUCCAUAUGGAGGGGUCUGGUGUGUGGAAGGAGCUUGACGCUCUCAAGGACAUGUUAAUGGACAUACAAAAGUACAAGGGACUUUUUCAUCAUCCUCCAACCCUCACCGACUCCAGCAACGGCACUCAAUCCUCUGAGAAAACGCUACACCUGAGAACCGGCGUCGCAACCAGGACCCCUCCAGGUCCACACGUCCAUGACAUCUUCUUGUCCCCCGACGUUCAGGAGUCUAUGAAAAAUGGAGAGCGCAAGACGAUGGUCACAAGCGAAGCUCUAGGUCACACCCAUCAGCUGAUACUAAGCUACAAAAACACGUACUCCAUCUUAUGGUGUGAUGGACAGACGCACUGCUGGGACGGUCAUCCUAUGAAUUUGUAUCCAGCGUGAACUUCGUGAACUGUAUCCAUGGACUAGCAUCCUGGUAAAAAUUCUGAAUAAAGUGCCUGAAAAAAACUAACAGUU